UGGUGAUUCUCAUACGCCCCCAGCGACCUACACGUGGACUCUCAGAGUUCUUACACAAACCAACCCUCAAGCACCAGGCACAGAAUUGAGAGCAUGGCCACUAUUGCUCUGCCUCGUCCAAUUGUCCCACAUCGAUCGUCCUCUGGCUUGCCUGCUCUCACAGCACCCCUUGCUCUCGAUACCAUCACUCCCCCGUCGCACGCAUCCGGUGCCUCCGACAACGGCGCUGUGCCUAACAAGCACAUUCCCUUUUGUCCGCCUGGCCCAGUUCCUACUCAGGACCGCAAUACCCCCCCGCCUUCACCAGCCCGAGACGAUGCGAUCGAGCAGCGAGCAUCUCUCCUCUUCCCUCCGGACGACUAUACUCGCCUGGAGAAGGAUUCGCUCGCAAUCUUCAGUAUAAGCGCCAAAGAUCUUGCUGCUGCCAUCAACUACACGGCCGCUCAGCCGUUGCCAGACCCUUCUCAGCUUUUCCCAUGGCUACAUGGCCUGCAUCCCAAUAAUCAAAUCCAGCAGGCUUUUUUUGUUGCCCGAAAGAGAGCAUUGAGGAGGACGCCAAGCUGCUUUCGUGGUCUCACAAUUGUCAAGGCGGACGGUGAUCUCUCCACAGCGCGUCUGAAAGGCGCCGUCGCCCCACAGGAACUGCUCAAGCCGGAGGCCGCCGGCGAAUUCCUCGACAUUGAUCCUAGAGACGGGUUCUCCGUGAGGAACUUCCAAAUCCAAACCGUCAAGUCCGGGGUGCUCUCGGACAUUGUAGUAUACGGUGACGAUGCAACCAAGGUUAAAAAGAUUGGCUGGCAGAUUGCUGAGGCUCAGAGCAAAUGGCGUCAGAGACACGAGCAACAAGGCAAUGAGCUGCCCGUUUACAACACCUUCAUCUGCCUCAACUCAUUCAAGGAGUUUGAGGAAAUGCACCCCGAGAUUGUGACCCUCAGCUCAGACGGGCUGUUCACCAACUCAGUGGUUGACUUUUUCCAUCAAGAACGCGCUGAGAUGUACGAGAUGACCAAGGCCAGCGAGAUCUCACACAAUGUGUGGCUGGGCCCAACGCCGGAAGUAGGCAGUGAGGACGAAAAGGAUUUCGACAUACUCAUUGAGUGCAGUGAUCUUGGCAGACUGAACCCAGCACUUUUGCAGACUAUUGCAGAAAGUUCUGGGGGCGAUUCGAAGCGGAUCUAUCUGGACUUUCCAUCCUCUGGCAGCAUUCUUCCGCCCACGUGGUCCCAUGCUGAGGCCGAUGGGAUCUUGGACACUUGCAAGUGGAUCUGGCAUCUUUCGCAUGGCACGCUGCCCGCAAAGUGUGACAUGGACGGCGAUGGGGAUUCCCACAUGUCUGACGAAUCCGACGGCACAGUUGAAGCGAGCAGACAAUACAAGAUCCUGCUUCAUUGCACGGAUGGCUACACCGAAUCGACAAUGCUUGGAAUUGCAUACUACAGUUAUAGCACGGGGCAAGCUGUCCCGGAGGCCUGGCUAAAGCUGCACACCGAGAAGAAGAGAAACUUCUUCGCCUAUCCCACCGACGUCGCCCUGCUCACAUCUCUUGCGACACGACUCUUGAGCGAAUCUCCGGCAUGUGCCAGUAAGAGUCUAUCUGAGAUUACCACUCUUGUCCAAAAUGAGCCUCGGUGGCUCGCCAGCCUCGACGGGUCAUUUCCAAGUCGCGUACUUGACUACAUGUACUUGGGCAAUCUUGGGCAUGCCAACAACCCUGAUCUCCUCAAGGCAAUGGGCAUCCGGCAGAUCCUCAGCGUCGGCGAGACUACCAUGUGGCGGGAAGGCGAAUUGGAGAAGUGGGGAGCGGAGAAUGUGCAGCUUGUGCAGAAUGUGCAAGACAACGGGAUAGACCCGCUGACGACCGAGUUCGAGCGGUGUCUCGAGUUCAUCGAUCGAGGAAGGCGGAAUGGCACGGCCACUCUUGUCCACUGUAGAGUUGGAGUGUCACGCAGUGCUACCAUUUGCAUUGCUGAGGUCAUGCGGGCCAUGGACCUCUCCUUUCCGCGCGCUUAUUGUUUUGUUCGGGCGCGACGCCUGAACGUCAUCAUACAGCCUCACCUGAGAUUCGCGUACGAGCUUCUCAAAUGGGAAGAAAAGCUCCAACGCAGUGCUGAGAAGAAGUCUGAAGGGACAGGCAUCAAGAGAGAGCUUGAAUGGGCCGAUAUUGCGCGCGAGAUCGCGUUGAUGAAUCGCCCCUAUGCAAGAUGAUGUCGCCCUCAAGGGCCAGCAAUGCUUCUUUUCUUUCUCUCUCGAUAUCCAGUCCUGGCGAGGAGU